CGCGGCAGAUGCUGAACUAGCCAGCUAGUUGUUAACUAGCGUUAGGUGUUUCGCCCUGCUUUGUUCGUACAACCUUUACAAUCUUGCCGUCUUUUUGUCACACUAUUGGUCAUCUGCUCUCCCACGAAUUAAUGCUCACAUAUGUCCAACACCACUGUGACGCUGUCGAUAUAUUUUGUUGCUAAGUUUUGCUGUUGCCGUCCAUGCUAGCAAACGUUAGCUGCUACCGUUAGCGGGGGAAGCUGUGCAAGCUUACAAACUUUUACGAUAACGGUCAUAAUUGUACUAAUAGUACAAUAACAGAUGGGUCUACACGGAUCACUUGUUUGUAGGUGACUCGAUGUUUUGGCUAGCUCGGAGUGUGACUGAUAAUCAUCUGAAUUUGUGAAUGACUGAAGUAGCGAUAGUUGUAGCAAAGUUCAUCAUCAUGUCUAAUCAGCUGACUGCAGAGCAGCAGCGAAAGAUUGAGGAGAACAGACGCAGGGCUUUGGAGAGAAGAGCCCAAAGACUUGGACAGACUAUCAGCAGCAAUGAGCAGACCUCAGUAGGCUUUAACAGUACUUCAGUGCAGGUACAGCCCCCUAAACAGAGCGUUGCCUCGGAUCCUGCUACCCUCGCUCAUCACAGAGAGACACCCAGCUCAGCCUCUGCACUAAAACGGUUUGUUCCACCCUUCAAAAAGCAGUUAUCUGGCACUGUCAACCAAAUCAACCAGAGUACUCUGUGUAACUCUGCUUCUUCAAGACAGAUACAAGUCAUUGACCCACUUCCUCAGAGGAGAAGUCAACAUGUGAGCAGCCCUGUCUUGUCUAGCGGAGGAAGCUUUGGUGUGAAGCCAGCUCAUCCCAAACCUAACCUCAUAUCCAGCAGCUCUGGUGGUGCAGUUGGCUUGUUCUACAAGCAAACUAAUAAACCUGCCCAAAGUCCUGUGGCCCAGCUUCCUUCAAACUCCUCAACUUUGAAUGCUGUACCUGCAAAAAAGCCUGCCAUCUCUGUGAGAGGAAAAUGCGUUCCUCACACCGAGGACCGCUUCAGAGUAGAAGUGGGCUACCAUGCAGAGCUUAUUGCUGUUUUCAAAUCCAUCCCCUCAAAGAACUAUGACCCUGCCACAAAGAUGUGGAACUUCAGCCUGGAGGACUAUCAACAGCUAAUGGAGGAAGCAGCUGCUAUUGCCUCUGUGUCUUUGAGGCCUUUGGAGGGAAUGGACGCAGGGGAUGUUGCAGCAGCCACCAGCCGAGCCCGUGACGGUGCGGCACUGGGGGCACUGCUGAGGCUGUGCAACGGCUGGCAAAAACCUGGAGCCAUUCUGCAGGGCCAGUGCAACCUGGUGUCUCGGACGAAGUUUGAGGUUGAUGUCGGUUACCACAUUGACGUCAUCGCAGCGUUCAAGCAGAUGCCAACAAAGAACUAUGACAUGAAAACAAGAAAGUGGAGCUUUUCACUUGAGGAUUACAAGAGACUCCUGGAUCUCCUCAGUGGGAUAGCAGCAGUGGAGGUGGAGCCUUUGCCCAGGGCAAUAGUCCAGGCUUUCUCUGCCAGGUUUGACGGGACUGAGGCCAGGUCUUUAGACGUCCCUGAGGCAGACCUCUCCAGCAUCGACCCCUCGCUCACCCGCAGCCUGAUGCCCUUCCAGAGGGAGGGAGUCAAUUUUGCGGUGUCUAAACAAGGCCGCCUCCUCCUGGCUGAUGACAUGGGCUUGGGAAAGACGGUGCAGGCCAUCUGUAUAGCAGCCUACUACAGGAAUGAGUGGCCCUUGCUGGUGGUGGCUCCCUCCUCUGUGCGCUUCACCUGGGCUGAGGCCUUCAGAUGCUGGCUCCCCUCCCUGAGUCCUGACAGCAUCAAUGUGGUGGUGAAGUCCAAAGACAAUCUGCGGUCUGGUUUGAUCAACAUCAUCAGCUACGACCUCCUGAGCAGGAUGGACAAGCAGCAGUCAGGAAACCACUUCAAUGUUCUCAUCAUGGAUGAGUCUCAUUUUCUGAAGAACAUGAAGACUGCUCGUUGUAAAGCAGCCUUGCCUCUGCUGAAGGCAGCGAAGAGAGUGAUUCUCCUGUCUGGGACCCCUGCCAUGUCCAGACCCUCUGAGCUCUACACCCAGAUUCUGGCUGUCAGACCUACACUCUUCCCUCGCUUCCAUGAGUUUGGGAUGCGCUACUGCGACGCCAAACAGAUGACUUGGGGAUGGGACUACUCAGGCUCAUCCAACCUUGGGGAGUUGAAGCUGUUGCUGGAGGAGUGUCUGAUGUUGCGCCGCCUCAAGCCCGACGUCCUCUCCCAGCUUCCUGCUAAACAACGCAAAGUCGUCACAGUGACCAUAGAUGGUAUCAGCACCCGCACAAAAGCUGCUCUGUCAGCUGCUGCCAAGCAGUUGGCCAAGGGAAACAGCAAUAAAAGGGAAGAGAAGGAAGCCCUCCUCAUCUUUUAUAACCACACAGCUGAAGCCAAGCUACAAGCCAUUAUGGAGUACAUCACAGACACGCUGGAGUGUGGGAGGGAGAAGUUUCUAGUGUUCGCCCAUCAUAAGCUAGUCCUGGAUCAUAUCACUACCGAACUGGGAAAAAAGAAUGUCAGUUACAUCCGUAUCGACGGGACCACUCCAUCAGCUGAACGGCAGCAGCUGUGUGAGAAGUUCCAGUACUCGACCAAGACCUGUGUGGCUGUAUUGUCUAUCACUGCAGCUAACAUGGGUCUCACCCUGCACUCUGCUGACCUGGUGGUCUUCGCUGAGCUUUUCUGGAACCCCGGGGUUCUCAUUCAGGCAGAGGAUAGGGUGCACCGUAUUGGACAAACCAGCAAUGUGGACAUUCACUACCUGGUUGCCAAGGGAACUGCUGAUGAUCACCUGUGGCCAAUGAUCCAGGAAAAAAUGAAUGUCUUGGAGCAAGUGGGUUUGUCUGAAUCAAAUCUCUUGGACAACGCAGUGAACGCCAGCUUCCACUCUAAGGAUCCUAACCAGAAGAGCAUAAUGGAAAUGUUCCAGAGGUCGUUCACCGCGGAUGACGACAUGGACGAAGCCAUCUUACUGGAGGCUGCAAACGACUGGGAGGACACCCCGCCUGAAAACAGUUCUGGUCAACACCAUGGUAUGGUUGGACUAAGCCCCAGCAAAAGGAGCAUCAAAGACUAUUUCAGCAGAUGACUCGGAAACUUUCCAUGUUGACAAAAUAUAUUAAUUACUCUUUGUUUUGCUCAUUUGAACAAGCCUCAGUUCCACGUUUUUAGCCUAUCAUGACUCAUGUGAACUUGUAAAAGUUAAAAAAUGUUUCAGUUAUUUUGAGAAACGUAAAAUAUUACCCUAAUAAACCUUAAUGCUAAUAAGAGAAAAUAAAUAAAUGUCUGACUCAA